CGCAUAGAGCAGGCGGACGGAGGCACAUUCAGCAGAAUGGUAGAAAGAGAGAUGGUAAAUUAUUAAUAUUAUUAUAACCGUAUUUGUAUCAGUAGUGGUAGGACUGAAUGGCACUGACAGCUACUUGGAGGGAAUAACUGGAGUCUGAAGAUGAAAAAUGGCUUUGUGAGGAAUUCCAGAUGACAUGAGAUCCUUGGGUCCCAGCAGUAACUUCUGCACAGAAUGGCAGUAUGUCUUUUAUGUAAAAGCUCAGGGAGGUGGAGGACGGGAUGGUGUGUCUCAGCGGUCAAGAGUCUUUCUGCUAAUCAUGCACUGAAGCCCCUGCUUCCCCCCCUCUGCCUGGUGGUUGUGGUGAUCUAUAGCCUGGCAGACAAACUCAGAAACUUUGUGGCCGGCAUCUUCAUCCCUCAGUACCAUUACCCGUAUGCUGUGGCUCUCUGCUUUGCCCAGGUUCUGAUCUCCUUGUUAGUCUUAAAUCUCCUCCAUGUCCUGGGUCUGGUGCCUCUGAAGCAUUAUUCCAGUUCACUGGGUGAGAGGGUGCUGGUCCCUGCUAUCUGUAACAGCAUCCACGCUGUGCUGGCCAUGUGGGCCAAAGCCAACAGUUUGUAUGGUGGCCUCUUAUCCCUCACCCUGCCUCUGCUUCCUCUGUUAACUGUUGGCUUUAGUUUUGCCCUAAAGCUGGCAUCGCCGCCAUCUACCCACAUCUCUGUUCUGAUUUCCAUCCUGAGUGGGACAUCUCUUGUCAUCACAGCCUUCAAGGGUUUGUCAAGUGUUGAACCUCUGGAGUACCUGUAUGCACCUCUGGCUUUAAUCCUCCAUAGUCUCUCUCUGACCUGGCUGGCUAAAGUUACUGAGGCUGAGCGCUGCCGCUCCCCUGAUGCCCAGGCCUCCAUUUUUGACAUCUACUACACCCAGCUGGUCAACCAGAGCUGGGUGCUGGGUCUCCUGUGGCUGCUGCACCCAGACAGUCCCUGGCAUGUGUUGAGUCAAGGCAGCUGGCACAGCCUGCUCUUCCAUGGAUACCUGCUCGCUAUUCUCCUGCUGGGGAUGGUACUGAACUUCCUAGUUGGUAUAUCAGCUCUGUGUAUCUCACCGCUUUCUGCUGCACUGCUCCACUCAGCAAGGCAGGUGGCACAGCUGUUCUUCCAGCUUCUGUAGCUACACUUUAACUGUAUCAGUGAGACAUAUGCAACACACAUCAUUGAUGAAUGUUUUUUUUUUUAUUCUGUGGAGAAUGACAAGUUACCUUUUGACUUUUAUCUCACAGUCUCAUGACCUGUGUUUACUGAGGCAAACACAAAAUAUGUUCAGCUAAGUUAAAAUACAGAAUG